ACAGCCAAUCGCGUGGCCUGUCACUGACACACAUCCCGUUCUCUCACACGCACAACGGGACAGACAAGAAGACGGCCAACUGUUCUCUCCACAUUUUACACCAAAAAUUGCAGAGUCGUAACCAUGGGGAAGGGAUGCAUCACGGCAACUAAGUACUUCCUGUUCCUCUUCAACCUCCUCUUCUUUAUCUUUGGAGCAUUGAUCAUGGGCUUUGGACUGUGGGUUCUCCUGGAUAACCAGAGCUUCAUCGCAGUUCUGCAGGAAUCCUCUACUACCCUGAAGGUAGUGUCCUACAUUUUCAUCAGUGUGGGGUCUCUCUCCAUGGCCAUGGGCUUCCUGGGCUGUAUAGGAGCCAUCUAUGAGAUACGCUGUCUGCUGGGCCUGUACUUCACCUGCCUCCUGCUCAUCCUCAUUGCCCAGGUAACCGCUGGGGUGCUCAUCUACUUUCAGAGAGACAGGAUGAAGCAUGAGAUGUCCAACAUCAUCAAGGGGAUGUUGGUCAACUACACUGGUCAGAACAGGACCACAGAACACACCUGGGACUAUGUACAGAGGACGAUGAAGUGCUGUGGUUGGACUGGCCCAGGCAACUGGUCGGAGAAUGUAUGGAUCAGGAACAGUUCUGUCUCCAUGUACCCUUGCUCCUGUCGGAACGAAACCCUGCCCGGGACAGACGUCAAGGAGACAGGGCUCUGUGAACACUUGUCCAACAUCCUCCCGGUCUAUGAAACGGGCUGCAUGCAUAGUGUGGAGGGCUGGCUUCUGGAGAACUGUGGAGUUAUUCUUGGAAUCUGUGUUGGAGUGGCAGUCAUUGAGCUUCUGGGAAUGAUCCUGUCUAUGUGCCUGUGUAAGAGUGUUGUCCAGGAGGACUACACCAAAGUACCCAAGUACUGACUAUGAAGACCUGAAGACAGGAAAAGCUAUACACCACACAGCAUAGAAACACAGACACGCAGAUACACACUCUGACAGUGAAACACAGACACGCAGACACACACUGACAGUGAAACACACUCUGACAGUGAAACACAGACACGCAGACACACACUCUGACAGUGAAACACAGACACGCAGACACACACUGACAGUGAAACACAGACAUGCAGACACACACUCUGACAGUGAAACGCAGACACACACUCUGACAGUGAAACACAGACAUGCAGACACACACUCUGACAGUGAAACACAGACACGCAGACACACACUCUGACAUGCAGACAUACACUCUGACAGUGAAACGCAGACACACUCUGGCAUUGAAACACAGACACAGUGUCCGGACACACACACUCUCAAUCAACAUAUGGACCUGUAUCUUUUUGGACACACACAUUUUGCCUUAUCUUUCAUCAAAUGACUUGGUUUUAGAAGACACUCAUCUUUAGGUAUUAAUGAAUUCAACAGUGGGAUAUAACGUAUCUGAUGGAGUGAGUGUGAACAAACACCCAUAUGAAUCCAGGAUGUUCCUCAGUUCUCAUCUGUUAUUUUCUGUCUCUUCCUGAAGCACUUUUCGGGGUUGUUAUGUAAUUAGUUAGUAAGUUUGUUUGUGAGAGCACUUUAGUGACUUUUUGUGAGCUGUUGAUCAGAGAGAGGACCUGGACCUGUGCUGAUCUAUGAUCAGGUAUCCCCUUUCCAUUCUUGUCUAUUCAUUAUUAUCUAAAAGGCAACUGAUAGUAGAUCAGCACUCCUACUUUCUGAAGAUGGGCUUUGGGGAGGGGCUUGAAAUGCAACACUAUGGAACACUGUGGAGGGGGUACUGCAGGAGGGGUAUCCCACAGCUGCUAUUUGUGGUGCUGGGGUGGGUUUUACUUUUUACUCCACUCUUUCAUCAGUCUCUCCACGGAGGCCUUAGUAUCUUCUGCCUUCAUCUGCCCUCCCUUUUUCUUACGGGUGUGUCUGGCCUGACUGGUUUACGGAAAACGAGUAGCUACCAAGAUGAAUUAAUAGAUUUCAUGAAGUAUAUUAUACACUGAGUGUACAAAACCUUAGGAACACCUUCCUAAUAUUGAGUUGCACACCUUUUUUGCCCUCAGAACAAGUCUCAAUUCAUCGGGGCAUGGACUCUACAAGGUGUCGAAAACGUUCCACAAGGAUGCUGGCCCAUGUUGACACCAAUGCUUUCCACAGUUGUGUCAAGUUGGCUGCAUGUCCUUUGGGUGGUGGACCAUACUGGAUACACACAGGAAACAGUUGAGCAUGAAAAACCCAGCAUCGUUGCAGUUUUUGACACACUUAAAUUGGUGCCCCUGACACCUACUACCAUACCCCGUUCAAAGGCAAAUAUUUUGUUCUGCCCAUUCACCCUCUGAAUGGCACACAUACACCAUCCAUGUCUCAAUCGUCUCAAGGCUUAAAAAUUAUUCUUUAACCUGUCGCCUCCUCCCCUUCAUCUACACUGAUUCAAGUGGAUUUAGAGCAGGUGUUCCUAAUGUUUUGUACACUCAGUGUAUAUGUACGUAUGAUAUAUUAUGCUUGUGUUUUACUUUCUUUUAUUAUUUUCUUUGUAAUUUCUUUGUCAUUUUUUCAUGGGAUUUUUAAAAACAUAUGACUUUACUAAGGGACAAAUUAGUGAUGGUUUGAGUCACUGAGCAUUGUCAGUAUUUUAUAUUUCGAAAGAAAUGCUGCUCUGUUUUUGUUUUAUUUUCAGAAUGCUAUUCUUUGUUCCACUCUUAUUGUGUGCACCCCAAAUUGCAACCUAUUCCCUAUAUAGUGCACUCUACUUUUGACCAAAGCCCCUAUGUAUUCCCUUUGAGCCCUGGUCAAAAGUGGUAUACUUUAUAGGAAAAAGGGCACCAAUUGGCAUGCAGACAUUGUCUCUUAUUAACUACAGAGUCUGGCUGGCUGAUGUAGUAGCUUCACUGCUAUUAUCAGCACUAUUUUCUGUGGAAUAGGCAGAGAAAUUGGGUCCUGACUUUAUGUAGCUAUUGUAGUCAGACUGUUGGUGAAACUGUUGGUCCCCUUAGGUCUCUGGUCUUCAGCCCAAGAAUUCCACCACCAUGACUGUCAUCCCUUUAAGAGGUUGCUACAUUUCUCAUUUCAGCAUUACUUGUAUAACUACACAUUCAAAAACAGAUGUAUUAUUAUUUUAUUAAGUUGGCCAUUUUCGACACGAAGAAGAGUUUUUAAUAAUAAGCCGGAGGCAUUAUUCGAAAAUCAGUGGAGGUAUGAAAUAUAAAAUCCCUGUGAAGUCCUCUUUGUACUGCCAAAUUGAGACUUUUAUAAUUGAACUUAUAUUGUGUUUUGAAAGUUUCUAUUUGACUCAAUAGAAACAUUUUAAAGUCAUGUAUGUAUUUGUUGUAUGUUACAUGUAGGGGUGUUCCUGGAGUUAGAAGCCAUGUUGAAAAGGAAAACUAUUUUGGAUUUUUUAUUCAGUAUCAAGGAUUGUUAAUAAACUGAAUCCAUCACAAACCA